CAGCUAGUGCCUGGAGUGGUCUGGAGUAGGCCUAGUGCUAAUUGGGGCCUACCUUGAAUGGAAAAGGUUAUAUAUCUGUUUGUCAGACUGACUCAGAGACAGUCACAGUAAUGCUUGAAAAAUGUUUAUUGCUUGCCCACACACCACUUUUCACCUGAGCGAGAAAUUCAUCAAAUGAGGUCUAGGUGCUUGACAUUUUUACCAACAGGGGGCGUAUGAAACGCAAAGAUAACGGUAGCGCUACGGCUGUGUGUGACCACCAUGAGUGAAAGGUGCAAAGCGCGCGCCGCAGUCAUUAAGAGUCAGCGAAAUGAAAUAGCUGCACCUUGCACCCUAAGGACACUUAACUGGAGGGUCAUACAAGUCCACAACUCACGAAAGGAAGCAUAAUUUAAAGCCCUGAAUCCAGAGCUGUCGUGCACCAUGGCGAAUACAGAGGGAUUUCAUAUCAACACACCACUACUUGAGAGUGUAAGCAUGUCCAAGCGAGCUGGGACCACUGUGCUUAUGAAAAUGGAAAGUUCACAGCCCUCCGGCUCCUUCAAAAUCCGCGGCAUCGGCCACCUGUGCCAAAAGGUUGUUCAGUCAGGGUCGAAAGGAGUAGUCUGUGCCUCAGGGGGUAACGCUGGCAUGGCUACUGCCUAUGCUGCUAGGAAGCUUGGUGUCCCAGCAACCAUAGUUAUUCCGACAUCAUCACCAGAGCUGGUGGUGCAGAAGCUGAAGGAUCAAGGGGCUACAGUGAAAGUUGUGGGAAAGGUCUGGGAUGAAGCCAAUGCUGAGGCUCUACGUCUAGUUGAGUCUGAGAAUAUGUCAUAUGUGCCUCCUUUUGACCACCCCUUACUUUGGCAGGGUCAUGCCAGCAUAGUGCGUGAGUUGAAGGCCUCGCUCCCAGAGAAGCCUGGGGCUGUAGUUUUGUCUGUAGGGGGAGGAGGGCUGCUGUGCGGGGUGGUGGAGGGCCUGAGAGAGGUGGGCUGGGAGAACGUUCCGGUGCUCUGCAUGGAGACUGUAGGAGCAGACUGUCUCAACGCCGCCGUCAAGGCAGGGAAGCUGGUCACACUGCCCGACAUCACCAGCGAGGCGAAAUGUCUGGGGGCCAAGACGGUGUGCAGACAGGCCUUCGACUACAGCAAGGAGGCCAAGCUCCUCUCCGAGACGGUGACAGACCUGGAGGCUCUGGAGGCUGUGGAACUGUUCCUGGAUGAGGAGCGUGUCCUGGUGGAGAUGGCGUGCGGGGCUGCCCUGGCUGCAGUCUACAGCGGCCUGAUCCAGAGGCUCCAGGCAGAGGGCAGGCUCCCACGGCCCCUCGGCCCGCUCGUCAUGAUCGUCUGCGGGGGAAGCAGCGUAGACAUGGCCCAGCUCACCCACCUGAGGACUAAGCUGCGCCACUGAGGGAAAACAUACACAGUAAAAAUUCAAGUUCAGUCAAUUUAAUACUUAGAGAGUCGAAUUAUAAGCACUCCUCAAUAGAGAGAAUUUGGUCCACUGUAAAACAUUGCAGCCAGUUAAACAUGAAAAAGUAAGUUGCCAUGCUGCCUUAAGUUUUUAAGUUACUGUAAUUCAACUUAAGAAAGCCUUAAAUUGACUUGAGCAUAUAGUUGAGUUAACUUAGAUGUUUAAGGCAGCAGGGCAACUUACUUUUUUAUCUUUUACUGGCUGCCAUGUUUAACAGUGUAUAUACCUUUUGAUCAAUGGUUACAAGGGCGGCACCAUUACUAUUUGGGUAGCAGUUUCUAGUGCUAAAUCAUUCAGAAUGGCCAUGAUCAAGCAUCACUUAAAGUAGCAGACCAGAAAUGCUGUGGGAGCACAACAAAGGCUAAUAAGGUGAAUAUACUCUGAACUAACACUCCAAAAUGUACUCUGUUUCUUAGUAGAGGAGUGUUUGGAAACCUCAGUAACACUUUCAUUGAAGCUUGUAUUCCCAACAGUUCGAACAACACACUCAUGAUAUUCAUGAUAAUGCAUCUAUACAAGGAAAUGUAUGUAUUGUAGAUAUAUCAAUACUGUUCAUAUUCAUGAUUGUACUACUAGUGUAUUUUUACAUCAUCAUGUCACAAUAUUGUCAUACCGUAAGCCACACUCUAGCUUCCCUGUUAGGAGUGCAGUCAUUUUGUUCAAAUUGGCCCUACCGUGGCGCUAACGGAAGGGCACUCGUCUGCUACGUGGCCGACCGGGUUCAAUUCCGGCCCGGGUCCUUUGCCGACCCGUCCCCUUGUCUCUCCCCACUCACUCCCUGUCCAACUCUUCACAGCACUAUUGUAAUGAAGGCCAAUGAAAAUGAUUGUGUUCAAAUAAUAAUGAAUACAACUUAAAACCAUCAUUAACCUUUGCCAUUAAACUGAACCUUUGCCAUUGCCGUUGAACCCUUGAUGAAUAUGUUUGUUCAUGCUUAUGAACUCAACGGACAUUUAAACUGAAACAUUUGAUCACCAUGUCGAUAAGUUUAGCCAUGUCCCACAUGCUGCUCAGCGACCCUUGAGAGACAGAUGUGAAGUGGCAUUGGUCUGGACACAAGUAAUACAAUGUGUCAGAGUAAUAGCCAAGACCCCAUAUUUGCUGUACCCUUUACUACAGUCUUGUGUUGACACACAUACGUAUCCCCAAACUGAAAGACUCAAGAACGUGCCAUUUGUUGUGUAUUCUAUGUUAAAUAUGUUGUUCUGUUUGAGAUAUCAUACUCUGUGAUGCUGUGCGAAAAUAGCAAAAAACUGUAUGCACAAAUACAGACACAUACUGUACAGAGGAUGUUAUCAAAUAUCCACUAUUAUAAGUCCUCAAACUGAGCCAAAGUAAAGCCGUUUGUAAAGCCGUUAUAUACUGCACUAGUAAACACUGUUAUUUACUUGGACUUUUUACUGUUAUUAUGAGGCAUUUAACAGUUCACACACUAACAUUAACAUUUCAUCAACAUUAAACAGGCCUUUUG